AAAGAUACAAAUACAUGUAAGAGAGAAGAGAGAAGGUAUCCCUUUCUUUUCUUGAAGUGUGAAAGGUGAUUAGUUUCAACACUAAGCAACCUUAUCUCUCUCUCCCUUUAUCAAGUUAUCUCUUUUUAAAAGUCUCCAAUCUAUAAUCUCCUCCUCCAAUAUUCUUUCAACAGAACAAAGCCACUCUCCCAGAAAAAAAAAAAAGACGAGUCUUUUUGUCUUUCUUUCGCCCUUUGUUCCAUUAUUAUUAUUUUUUUUUCAAGGAAUUCAUAGGAAACAACAAAUGCGGCAAAAACAGCCCAGUCAAUCAUGUUUCAGAGAAUCUAUCAAAGCUCUUGAAGCUGAUAUUCAACAUGCCAAUACCCUGGCAGCUGCUCUUCCUAGAGAUUAUUGUGGGGAUUGUGUUCAGAUGAGAUUAUCUUACGGCCCCUUUGCCCCCUUUCUUCUUUAUUUGAUUGAGUGGAUGGAUUAUAGUUGUACAGAUACUCUACCCAAUUACUUAGGCCUUCUCAACGUACUUGUAUAUAAGGUAUACGUUGAUGGAAUGCCAACAAUGUCCUCAAAAGAAAGGAAAGCAACCUUACGCGAAUUUUAUGCCGUGAUAUACCCUUCUCUUAGGCAACUUGAAGGCGAGUUCAUUGAAUUGGAAGAUAGUACCUCCAGAAGCCAAUCGACAGAAAUUUUAACCAAAAAGAGAGUAGAAGAGAGGAGGAAUCUUUCUGAUAAGGAUCUAGAGAGAGAUGAAGAAUGUGGUAUAUGCAUGGAAAAUUGCACAAGGAUGGUCUUGCCCAGCUGUGGGCACGCGAUGUGCAACAAUUGCUUCCAUGACUGGAACGUGCGGUCUCAGUCCUGCCCUUUUUGUCGUGGCAGCCUGAAGAGAGUUAGUUCUAGAGAUUUAUGGGAACUUAUUAGUAACAGUGGUAUGAUUGAUACAAUUUCUCUUGCGAGGGAAAACUUGAUGCGUUUCUACCUUUACAUUGAAAAUCUGCCUGUUGUGAUGCCUGACACACAUUUGUUUGUAUAUGAUUACAUGCUCUGAUUUAAGAUGAAGAAUGAAGUAGUACACUACAUGAAAUGCUGAUAACCCUUUGUAUAUAUAAUAUAGAGUAUGGUGAAGCUUAAAUCUUGUCUACCAUGGUAGGUUGAGGAUCUGUUACAUGGUAGCUGUAUAUAUAUAGUUAAGUGAACUAUUGCAUAUCCCUUCUCAUUGACUUGGAAUGAGGGUAUUGAUAAUCAGGUGGCUCUUUGAACAUUCAUGGAAUCUCUCAAUUAGCAGUCUAGAGUCUUAGACAAAAGCAAGAAGGUAUGCUUGGCAUUCAACUCAGCUUUUUGGAACCUGAGUGUUGAGAAUGUAACUAUGCAAGUGGCAAGAAAUAUGGUUUAAUUAUGGGUUUCUGUUUAUAAUAUUAUACUAUGAUAUAUGCCAAAAUUCAUGGGUCAA